AUGAGUUCCUAUUUUGUUAACCCUCUUUUCUCCAAGUACAAAGGCGGCGAAACGCUGGAGCCAACUUACUACGACUGCCGGUUCCCUCAAAGCGUCACCCGUGGCCACACACUGGUGUACGGACCCGGAACGCCAACACCGGCUUUUCAACACCCUCCCCAUCACGUCCAGGAUUUUUUCCACCACGGGACAUCGGGAAUCUCCAGCCCCGGAUACCAACAGAAUCCCUGUGCUUUAGCUUGCCACGGAGACGCCACGAAAUUUUAUGGAUACGAAGCCCUUCCGAGGCAAUCACUUUAUGGAACCCAGCAAGAGGCGAGUUUAACGCAAUACCCAGACUGUAAAUCGUCUAAUGGCAGUAACCCCGGAGAAGGACAAGGCCACUUAAAUCAAAACUCGUCUCCCAGUCUCAUGUUUCCUUGGAUGAGACCCCACGCACCUGGAAGGCGCAGCGGACGACAGACCUACAGUCGAUAUCAGACGUUGGAAUUGGAGAAGGAGUUCCUUUUCAACCCUUACCUGACACGCAAACGACGGAUUGAGGUGUCCCAUGCCCUCGGCUUAACUGAAAGACAGGUAAAGAUUUGGUUUCAGAAUCGACGGAUGAAAUGGAAGAAGGAAAAUAACAAGGAUAAGUUUCCAGGCCAGAGAACAGAGGCCGAAGAGGAUGCGAACGAGGACGGCGAAGUGGAUGAAAGAGAAGAGAAGGAAUCGGUAGAGGAAACAGAGACCAAGGAGUAAUUUAAUGGCCUUUUUACGACUAUACGACUUCGAAAGAAAAAAAAACACCAUGUGAAUGGGACGAUGAACAGGAAAGGCCGACGAUAUAAACUUUAUGACUACAGUUUUAUUGAGUCAAUAAGUGAGAAAAUCCUACAAACUGUCAAAAGCACUUCUUCCUCCUGGCCUGUCUUCAUGAUAGGAAUCAACAUGCAGUAGAUGCAAUAGAAUAGCUCACCUGGUUUUGAAAUAAAACCAACGUUUUCUGUUUAAGAAAAUGCAAGAAAAUAUCUAUGUUUUCUUUUUAAAAUAUAUAUGCAUAUAUUCUGUUGGCGACAGAACGUUGGGCCGGUGAACGUCAGACGUGAAUUAUGAAUAUGACUUGCUUCUAAAUCGGUUGGAGUGAUGAAAAUUUAAAUAAAUUAAUUAAAUAUAAUUACCUAAGCAGCACGAAUUGUUGUAGCUAAAUCACAUGCUUAAUUCUUAGAAUCACUUAAGACCAAAUAGAACUGGGCUAAGUUUCAAAUUAGCAUAAGAUAGGAGAACCAAAUUCUGAAACUAAAUUCAAAUCCAACAUCUAAAAUUUAAAAUUUAGAUAUAUUUGUGAAAUGCAUUAAAUUAAACCCAGUUGACUGUCGAGUCUUAUUUCUUUGCGGACAAGGCUUCAUUCAUUGUGAUACUGUAUAAAGUGAUACGCAUUAGUAAAGUCUUCUGUAAGCUCAAACACGUAUUAGGUAUUUUUUUCUUUAAGAGUUUAAUUCGUGGUCGGUAGUGCUGGGGAUGUCAUUGUCAUUUUUAUUUUAUAUCUUAUUUAAAGGGAAAUACAAUGGCCUGAAACAGCCUAAAUAUGCUACCUAACUGGGACAAUUGCAAUACAUUUUUAAGAGAGCCAUUUCAGAGUGUUUGUUUAAUCUGUUAGUAUGAAGCCCAAUAGCUGCUCUGUAGGAUCCCUGAGCAAUAGAUGAACGUGCGUUUUAACCCAGCUACCGUAAAUCAACUGAUAUUGCGCAGGAGUUCCGUAUAUUGACGCCAAUUGUAUGCAAUAAGAACAAUAACAAUAAUAUUAAUAAUAAUAAUAAUAAUAAUAAUAAUAACAGUAGCAUAACCAACAACAGCAACAAUACAACAACAAUAACAAUAAUAAUAUUAAUAAUAACAAUAGCAACAACAAUAAUAAUAAUAACAGCACAACCAACAACAAUAAUAAUCAUAAUAAUAAUAAUAAUAGAAUGGGCUGCUUAAAAAUGUUUCAUUCCCCCCCCCCCCCCCCCCAACAACUUAAACUGCCUAAUGAUACCGCGCACAUUGCUGUGUACAUUAUCAUAAAUACUACUUUGAAUUUGGUGUGUCAGGUAUUUCAUUGUGACGAUGUUCUAGGCUAGAUUUCAGAUUGCACUGAUAUAACCUGCAAGAUAGUAUUGGUAUUUAUAGCUGUUAAUGUGCUUGUUUUUUAAGUUGUUUUUAUUGUUUUGUGUUACUAAACGAUUGUUGUUGCGACAACACUAAUAAAUAAAUCACUUGCCAUAUUCCGUUGCAUUCAUUUCAUUAAAUGAACAAUGAUGUACAUGGUAGAUUAAGAUUUUUCAGCCAGUAUUUUCAAGGCGCGACACCACACUUACAGAAGCACGCAAGUACCAAAAAAGACAGCGGCACGGUAAAAUUCGCAAUGUUAGCCCUUCACCACAGUUAUUUUUUUGUAAUUGUCAUUGGUUUUGUUUCUUAUCACUCCAACUUUCUCUUUAUCACUAAUGAAUAAAUGAA